GGACCACUUGAGCCGGAUCCCCCUGCGCCAAAUCGGGAGGGGACUGGGACCCUGCAGGGACGGAGCUGCAUCUCACCCACCCCAUCCACCCUAGCCUUUCUCCUUUCUCUUUUUUUUUUGGCCUCUCCCUGGAUUCUCCUCCAUCUCCUUCCUUCCCUCCCUCCUGCCCCAGCCCCUUCCCUCCCGGCACUGCCAGGAGCCAAAAGGACUUUGCACCCCGAGGCAGCGUUCUCUCGCCUCUCCUUCCCGCAAGCCUUGGAGCUGCCGGAGGGAGAACGGAAUACUCCGCUCUUAUCUGCGAGGGGAGGCAGGCUCGGUGGGCAGGGUUUGCGCGAAAGCUGCCGGUUUAUAAGCAGCCGGCGGCGGAGGCAAAGCCGUCUCGGAAGGCACCGAACGGGGCCCCUCGGUGCCCGCGCUCCCGCCGCGAUGCCCGCGGCGCUGGGGCUGCUGCUGUGGCUGAGCCUGGCAGGUGCCCUUCGCUCCCACCUCGAACCCCCCCACUACGACAGCACCGAGGAAGGGGCCGCCCGCUUCGCCUCAGACUACAACAGCUCGGCCGAGAUCAUCCUCUUCAACAGCGUCUCGGCCAGCUGGAAUUACAGCACCAACCUGACGGCCGAGAAUGCUGAACGGCAGGUCGCAGCAUCCCUGGAGGAGCAGAACUUCACAGAGCUAUGGGGGAAGAAAGCCAAGGAACUCUAUGGCGACAAGUGGAAUAACUUCAGUGACCCCCAGCUGAGGAAAAUCAUUGGAUCAAUCCAGACCUUGGGACCCUCCAACCUACCCGUGGACAUGAGAGAGCAGUUCAACACCAUCCUAAAUGACAUGGACAAAAUCUACUCCACGGCCAAGGUGUGCCUGCCCAAUGGCACCUGCUGGGAUCUGGAGCCAGACCUGUCGGAUAUCAUGGCCACGUCCCGGAGCUACAAGAAGCUGCUGUACGCCUGGGAGGGCUGGCACAACGCCGCGGGGAUCCCGCUGCGCCCCAAGUACCAGGAGUUUGUGCAGCUGAGCAACGCCGCCUACUCGCAGGAUGGAUUCAAUGACACAGGCAGCUACUGGCGCUCCUGGUACGACUCAGACACCUUUGAGAAGGACCUGGAGGACCUCUACAACCAGCUGGAGCCACUCUACCUCAACCUGCACGCCUUCGUCCGGAGGAAGCUGUACGACCGCUAUGGACCCAAAUACAUCAACCUGAAGGGGCCCAUCCCUGCUCACCUCCUGGGCAACAUGUGGGCUCAGCAGUGGAACAACAUCUAUGACCUGAUGAUCCCCUACCCUGAGAAACCCAACCUUGAUGUCACGAGCGCCAUGGUGCAGCAGGGUUGGAAUGCCACUCACAUGUUCCGGGUCUCAGAGGAGUUCUUCACCUCCCUGGGGCUCCUGGAGAUGCCCCCUGAAUUCUGGAAGGAGUCCAUGCUGGAAAAGCCAACAGAUGGGAGGGAGGUGGUGUGUCAUGCCUCGGCCUGGGACUUCUACAACCGCAAGGACUUCAGGAUCAAGCAGUGCACAUCGGUGACCAUGGAGCAUCUGUUCACAGUGCACCAUGAGAUGGGCCACAUCCAGUACUACCUGCAAUACAAGGACCAGCCCGUGUCCUUCCGCAGCGGGGCCAACCCUGGCUUCCACGAGGCCAUCGGUGAUGUCCUGGCCCUCUCUGUCUCCACCCCCAGCCACCUCAGGAAAAUCGGUCUCCUCAGCAAUGCUGCUGAGGAUGAAGAGAGCAAUAUCAACUACCUGCUGAAGAUGGCCCUGGAGAAGAUUGCCUUCCUGCCCUUUGGCUACCUCAUUGACCAGUGGCGCUGGAACGUCUUCAGUGGCCACACGCCGCCAAGCCGCUACAACUACGACUGGUGGUACCUGAGAACCAAAUACCAGGGCAUCUGUGCCCCGAUUUCAAGGAAUGAGAGCAACUUUGACCCUGGAGCAAAGUACCACAUCCCAGGGAACACUCCUUACAUCAGGUACUUUGUGAGCUUCAUCCUCCAGUUCCAGUUUCACAAGGCACUGUGCCAGGCAGCCAACCACACCGGUCCCCUGCACACCUGUGACAUCUACAGGUCCAAAGAGGCUGGAGACAAACUCAGAGAAGUGUUGAAAGCUGGGUCCUCGAAGUCGUGGCAGGAAAUCCUCUUGAAUCUCACUGGCAAGGGCCAGAUGGAUGCUGGAGCCCUUCUGGAGUAUUUCAGCCCUGUCACCAAGUGGCUUCAGGAGCAGAACAAAAAGACCAAUGAGGUGCUGGGCUGGCCUGAGUUUGACUGGCGUCCCCCUGUCCCUGAAGGCUACCCUGAAGGCAUUGACAAAAUAGCAGACGAGGCACAAGCUAAAGAGUUCUUGUCCGAGUACAACAGCACGGCUGAGGAAGUGUGGAAUGCCUACACCGAGGCAUCCUGGGCCUACAACACCAACAUCACUGACCACAACAAGGAGAUCAUGCUGGAGAAGAACUUGGCCAUGUCCAAGCACACCCUGGAGUACGGCAUGAGGGCCAGGCAGUUUGACACCUCCGAUUUCCAGGAUGAAAGUGUCACCCGCAUCCUCAAGAAGCUGAGUGUCAUUGAGAGGGCAGCCUUACCUGAGGAGGAACUGAAGGAGUAUAACACCCUGCUCUCAGACAUGGAGACCACCUACAGCGUGGCCAAGGUCUGCAGAGAGAACAAAACCUGUCACCCACUGGAUCCUGACCUCACAGACAUCAUGGCCACCUCUCGGGACUAUGACGAGCUCCUCUUCGCCUGGAAGGGCUGGAGGGAUGCUUCUGGGAAGAAGAUGAGGAACAACUACAAGAGAUAUGUGGAGCUGAGCAACAAGGCAGCCGUGCUCAAUGGCUACACAGACAAUGGGGCCUACUGGAGAUCCCUGUAUGAGACAUCCACCUUCGAGGAAGAUCUGGAGAGGCUGUAUCAGCAGCUGCAGCCCCUGUACCUCAACCUGCAUGCUUAUGUACGCCGAGCCCUCUACAAAAAGUAUGGUGCAGAGCACAUCAACCUGAAGGGUCCCAUCCCUGCCCAUCUGCUGGGCAACAUGUGGGCUCAGUCAUGGUCCAGCAUUUUCGACCUGGUGGUCCCUUUCCCAGAUGCCACCAAGGUGGAUGCCACCCCAGCCAUGAAAAACCAGGGCUGGACACCCAAGAGAAUGUUUGAAGAGUCAGACCAUUUCUUCACCUCCCUGGGCCUCAUCCCGAUGCCACAGGAGUUCUGGGACAAGUCCAUGAUCGAGAAGCCGUCGGAUGGGCGGGAGGUGGUGUGCCACGCCUCAGCCUGGGAUUUCUACAACCGCAAGGACUUCAGGAUCAAGCAGUGCACAGUGGUGAACAUGGACGACCUCAUCACAGUGCACCACGAGAUGGGCCACGUCCAGUACUUCCUGCAGUACAAGGACCAGCCUGUCUCCUUCCGUGACGGGGCCAACCCUGGCUUCCAUGAGGCUGUUGGGGAUGUCAUGGCCUUGUCCGUCUCCACCCCCAAACACCUCCACAGCAUCAAUCUGCUGGACCAAGUCAUGGAAAACGAAGAAAGUGAUAUCAACUAUCUGAUGAGCAUCGCCCUGGACAAAAUUGCCUUCCUGCCCUUCGGGUACCUCAUGGACCAGUGGCGCUGGAAGGUGUUUGAUGGGCGGAUCAAGGAGGACGAGUACAACAAGGAGUGGUGGAACCUCAGGCUGAAGUACCAGGGCUUGUGCCCACCAGCACUGAGGUCUGAAGAUGACUUCGACCCCGGGGCAAAGUUUCACAUUCCUGCCAACGUCCCUUACAUUAGGUACUUCGUCAGCUUUGUGAUCCAGUUCCAGUUCCACCAGGCACUCUGUGAUGCAGCUGGGCACCAGGGUCCCCUGCACACCUGUGACAUCUACCAGUCCAAGGAGGCUGGGAAGCUCUUGGGGGAUGCCCUGAAGCUGGGUUUCAGCAAGCCAUGGCCUGAAGCCAUGCAGCUCAUCACAGGACAGCCCAACAUGUCAGCAGAGGCCCUGAUGAACUACUUUGAGCCACUCAGGAUAUGGUUGGAGAAAGAGAACCAGAAGAAUGGGGAGGUCCUGGGCUGGCCUGAAUACAGCUGGACUCCUUACACAGCCCAAGAUGACUCCAGCAAAACUGAUUUCCUGGGAAUGUCCCUGACCAAAAGCCAAGCCACGGCUGGGGGCUGGGUCCUGCUUGCCCUGGCACUCAUCUUCCUGAUCACCACCAUCUUCUUCGGUGUCAAGUUCUUCUUAGCCAGGGGAAAGACCUUCACAUCCAUCUCAGAAAUGGAACUGAAAUAAGGCAGCCACCAGCAGGGCAACACAGACAGGGUGCAAGCAUGGGCACUUGGCCAGGCUGGCAGCCAUGCCAUGGGCACACUUGCCAAGGAAGCCAUGGGUUUCCACAACCCAGGAUUACUCUCUCCUAUCAGGUCAGACAUUCCUUUCCACUAUGCAAGAACCAGAACAGAGAAGAGCUAUUUAUUUGUCAAUGUCUGAAUCUGAAUCGGGGGAAAGAGAAGUUCAGGCUCCGGCAGGCACGGAGCCAUCACAAGCUGCCCCUGUGCCCAGGGCUGGAGCUGGUCCAGCCUGGUCACCCACCAGCCAAUUCUGAUCUGUGGGCAAAGCCACAGGGACUUGAGUGACAGAGGGCAGUUUGGGGAGGGAUGGAGCACAUCCUGGUCUGCCUGCUACCAGGCUGUUCGCUUGCAUGGUUGAAAAAUAAACCUA